AUGGUUGUUUUUCAGUUCCUGGCCCUAGCAAAUCUUGUCGCUCUGUGUACGGCCGGCGCCGGAAACGGUUUUCGAUGGUCUGAAGCUUCGGAUCCGAGCACAUGGGCCGACGAGUUCAGGUUCUGUGGGGGCCUAAACCAGUCCCCUGUGGACAUCUGUACAGACGAUGUUGUGCCCAACCCCACCCUGAAUAACUUAGUCUACAUCAACUUUGACAAAGAGACCAAGGAAGAGCUGACACUACUGAACACAGGCGAGCAAGUUCAACUCAGAGGAUUUAACAAGGCGCUGUCCAUCAAAGAAGGCGGGUUACCAGCUAAACGUUAUGUUCUAGAGCAACUCCACUUCCACGUAGGUGCCGAGGAUGGUAGAGGCUCAGAACACGACGUCAACGGGGAAUUUUUUGAGGUUGAGAUGCACCUGGUGUUUUAUUCUACCGACUAUGAGAGCUUUGAUGCUGCCCAGAACAGGCCCCAAGGUUUAGCCGUUAUUGCCGUCUUAUUUGAGGUCGGCGAUGACGACAACGACGGUUUGGAGCCUAUAAUAAAGCAACUAUGUAACAUCCGAGAACCAGGUACCAAUACUACUAUUGAACCGAUCAAGGUCAGGAAUCUACUGCCGGAUGAUAUCAGCCGCUGGUACAGAUAUCGGGGCAGUCUAACCACCCCACCGUGUUUCCAGAGUGUCAUAUGGACCAUCUACAAGGAUCUGGCUAAGAUAUCAAAGGAACAGUUACGUACGUUUCGGAAUAAUGUGCUUUCGGAAGAAGGUGGACCUCUUGUUGAUAAUUUCCGGCCUACUCAGCCUUUGAACGGUCGCCUGAUAGAAAAAAACACAAGAGACUGUUCCCCGGUACAUUGUGAAGACAACGGCUACGGGGAUAACGGCAAUGGGAAAAAUGGUAAUGGAAAGAACGGGAACAACGGGAACGGGAACAACGGGAACAACGGAAACGGAAGGGGAUACGGAUAUAACGGACGUGCUAGCUGUAAAGAUCGGAAACGAAACGAUGAAAACGAAUGCUGGGAUAACUCUGAUUGUUAUUGCGACCGAGACCGAAAUGGCAAUGGAAAUGGUAAUGGCAAUGGCAAUGGUAAUGGCAACGGCAAUGGAAACGGAAAUGGCAACGGCAAUGGUAAUGACAACGGCAACGGCAAUGGAAACGGAAAUGGCAACGGCAACGGCAACGGCAACGGAAAUGGCAAUGGAAAUGGCAACGGUAAUGGUAAUGGCAACGGCAAUGGAAAUGGCAAUGGCAAUGGAAACGGAAAUGGCCAUAAAUAA